GUGUGAGUCUGCACUGAAUCCGCGCUGUGGGUCCAUGCGAGUCUGCGCUGAACCCGCGCCGUGCCCCCGGGCGGUGGCGCCGCCACCGACAGCCGCUGAGGAGGCGAACGGGGGAAGCGGCGAGCGAACUGCGACGUGGGGGGAGUGGCGGGCGAAUGUGGUGUGAUAUCGCGUAGGACCACAUCGGCUGGGCUACCGCGGAUCCGUGUCAGUGUUGAAGUGUUCCCAGCUGCGUGGGAUCUAAAGCGGACUUGAAGGAAAUCAUCACCGUCAGCAGGAUAUUGUUGUCUCCGUCUCCCGUCUCCGUCUCCGUCUUUCCGUCUCCGUCGCCGGCCGUCGUCACGCCACGUCUCUGUGUGUUUGGACUGCGGUGGAGGCGGGCCGCCCGACCCAUCAGUGAACAGUGAGGGUGACGGUGUGAUCGACACGCGGCAGACGGCGGGCGGCCCCCACCGCGCCCGCGCGCUGGACACUGAGCCGAGCGGAGACUCGCUCCGUCACUGUGCGCCCACCCGCUCUGCGGGUCUCGGCAGGGCAGGAUGCCGGCCUAGCCUGGCCCUAGGCGCAAUAUGGGAGCCGGCAACGGACGUCCUCUCACAGAUACCGAAGGCAGAGCCCCGGGCGCCGGCCAGUCUCAGGACUCGGACAUCAGUCUGAGCGUCAUCAGCACUGACUGCACCGACUUCUCGGCGUCGCCCCCGCGCAGCAGACGGGACCCGUCCCGGCAGCAGUCGCCGCUUGGCGCCGGACCAGGGCCGCGCAUCGCCGCGCUGCCCUCACUGCACGACAUCGUCGAAGACGUGGUCGGAGGAGCCCUGUCGGCCGAGCUGCGCCGACCGUUGACCAUGGACCCACUCUCUGUACCGGCGCCCUCGCCGCCGUUCGACAUGGCCACCGUGGCGGCCGCGCUGCCCGGCCACCCGGGCCUGGUGCGCGCCAGAGCGGACGCAGAGACCGGCCUCGGCGGUCGGAUGUCGCCCUCCGUCUACAACCACAAGCUGGUGCCGGCGGCCCACGGGCGCGCCUCCCCCGCCUACGACCUGGGCUACCACACGCUGGUGGCGCGGCCGUCGGCGCCCUCCCCGCGGCAGCAGCCGUCGCCGUGGGGCGGCGAGCCUCCCCAGACGGCCGCCUGCUACCCGGCCGCUGCCAUGCCCUCGUUCAGCGUGCGCGAGCCGCCGCGGCCACCGCAGCUGCCCGAGCCGCCCUCCAGCAACGAGCUCAUCCUCACCAUGUUCAAGGGCAAGCGGACACAUAAACCGGCCCCGUUUGACCGGCUUCCGGAUGAGCUGAUCCUGCACAUCUUCUCGUACCUGUCCACCAACGAACUGUGCUUCUGCGCGCGCGUCUGCCGGCGCUGGUACUUCCUCGUCUGGGAGCCGCAGCUGUGGACCAGCAUCACGCUGACGGGCGAGUCGACCGGCGCCGACCGGGCGCUCCGGCAGAUCGUCAAGCUGCUCUGCCGAGACACGCCAGGCACGCUGUGUCACACUGUGGAGCGGGUGGAGCUGAACGGGUGCGCGCGACUCACCGACCGCGGCCUGUCGCUGCUGGCGCGCCGCUGUCCAGAGCUGCGUCACCUGGAACUGCGCGGCUGCGCUAACGUCAGCAACCAGGCGCUGUUCGAGGUGGUCACCAACUGUCCCGGCCUGGAGCACCUCGAUGUCACCGGCUGCCACCGGAUCACGUGCAUCGACUUCAGCAGCGAGACGCUGGCCGGCUCCGAGCGGCAGCUGUGCCUGCAGUACGUCGACCUGACCGACUGUCACAGUCUGACCGACGCCGGCCUGCAGGUGAUCGUGCACAACUGUCCGCAGCUGCAGCACCUCUACAUGCGCCGCUGUGAUCAGCUCACAGACCUGGGAAUCCGGCACGUGCCCAGCUACUGCGUCAGUCUGCGCGAGUUCUCCAUCUCGGACUGCAGCCGCGUCACCGACUACGGCCUGCACGAGCUGGCCCGCCUCGGGCCCACACUGCGCUACCUCAGCGUGGCCAAGUGCGACCGCGUCUCGGACGCCGGCGUCAAACAGGUGGCGCGCAGCUGCUACAAGCUGCGCUACCUGAACGUGCGCGGCUGUGAGGCCGUCUCUGACGCCUCCAUGGAGGUAGUGGCCCGCUGCUGUCAGCGGCUGCGCGCGCUCGACAUCGGCAAAUGCGACGUCACUGAUCACGGCCUGAAGAUGCUCUCGCAAAACUGUCCGAACCUGAAGAAGCUGAGCGUAAAGAGCUGCGAGAUGAUCAGCGACGCCGGCAUCAAGUUCAUCGCCUACUACUGCCGCGGCCUGCAGCAGCUCAACAUCCAGGACUCACCGGUCACACUGGAGGGCUACCGCACCGUGAAAAAGUACUGCAAACGCUGCAUCAUCGAGCACACAAACCCGGGCUUCUACUGAGCAGCCGCCGCGGCACGGCACAAAACAACCACGUGAUAUUAUUUAUUAUCAACAUAGAGACUGUAUUGUACUGAAGUGUGAUGUUUUAACCAGCGAGUGUCUCGUUUUUGCCGCCCUGCCCAGCGGGUGACGGCGCCCGGGUGCCUUUUUAUCGAUGACGUGUCAUAGAUAUGUGAAUGCCAAAUAUUUGUACAUAUUUUGCUUCAAGUAUAUGUGUUGUUAUUUUUCUGAAAUUAGCCUUUACACAUUUGAAUGAAAAAAAAUGAGUCCAAUAUACAUGAUGUAUUUGUU